AUGAAAUGUGCUUCGUGCCUUGUAGAGCAUCCAGCUCUCAGGCGGUCGGUUAAUAGGCUGCCAUAUUGUAAGAAAUGCUUUGUGGAGGCUUUUGAAGACGAAGUAUACCAAGUGAUCCAAGAACAAAAACUCAUUGAGGAUGGAGAUGUUGUUUGCAUCGGAGUUUCGGGAGGCAAGGACUCGUCGGUACUAGCACAUGUUCUCGCCACUUUAAAGGAACGGUAUAAACGAAAUUGGACAUUGGUGCUGCUUGCUGCGGACGAGGGAAUUAGGGGAUACCGUGAUGAUUCACUUAAUGUAGUGAUGAACAUGAAAAAUCCCAACUACAAAGAGCUGAUGAUUUUGAACUUCAAAGAUAGGUUCGGAUUUACGAUGGACGAGAUAGUGUCGCUCAUUGGGCAGAAGAACAACUGCACAGUAUGCGGAACCUUUCGUAGGCAAAUUCUAGAAAUCGGCGCAAGGCUGCUUGGUGCCAACAAGCUCUGCACGGGACACAACCUCGACGAUAACGCGGAGACUACGCUUCUCAACUUUUGCAGGAACGAUCUAUUUAAACUGGCCAAGAGCCUAAAUGAAAGAUCAAAUGCAUCUAUCGCAGCGCGUCAGCCUGACGAACAUAAUGCAGAAACUCGGCCACACGAAGAUUCGAAAACAGAGAGCAGCAACGGAACGGCAUUUACGCGCAUAAAGCCCAUGAUGUAUUGCUACGAAAAGGAAAUUGUAAUGUACGCCAGAUAUCUGGGACUGGAGUACUUUUCUACGGAAUGUUCCUAUGCCCCGGAAGCAUACAGAGGGUAUAUGAGAACGUUCAUAAAACAACUGGAGGCCGUUGAUCCACGAAUUAUACAGAACAUAGCGCACUCUUCACAACAUUUAUAUGCGCAUUAUCCAACCAACCGAGAACUAAAAUCGUGCAAAAAAUGUGGUAUAGAGGGUUUAAAUGAUCUAUGCAAAGCUUGCGUAACCGUUGAGAAGUUAUCAUCGCUUGCGAAAAAAUCGCAAAGUAAUUCGAACAUUUGGGCCUGA